CCAACAACCACAGACCAACCCACGACCACAGAGCUACCAACAACCACAGAUCUACCAACAACCACAGACCAAACCACAACCACAGAUCUACCAACAACCACAGAUCUACCAACAACCACAGAUCUAUCAACCACCACAGAUCUACCUACGACCUUAGACCUACCAACAACCACCGACCAACCCACAACCACAGACCUACCCACAACAGCACUAACAACUACAGUGACAACACCAUCGCCGUUCACAUGUGUAACAGAGGGCACCUUCUCGCAUGCGAACUGUAACAUGUAUUAUAGAUGCUUACUCAUUAUGGGCCAAAUGGUCAAAUACGAAAUGACUUGCCCAGCAAAUAGUUACUACAACCAGGUCUCCAGAUUAUGUGCACUUGGAACUUGUCAGACCACCACCCCGACAACAACUUCCCCCACCACAGUAUUAAGUACAAUCAUAGUAACGACAAUUGACACCACAACGGCGGAAGUAGCCACCACCCCUGCGACGACCUUAACCCCAUCAACCACUACCGCUGGACCAGAAAUGCCUAGCUGCACUGCCCCCGGAUUUUACCCAUAUCCAGGGGAUUGUACCCGAUAUAUCAAAUGCGUUGCUUUCACUGGGGGUUGGUACAUUUACAUUAAUUCGUGUCCGGCAGAAAGCUAUUUCGAUGUCAGCAUCCCGGCAUGCGUCUUUGGAACCUGCCCGGCUAGCUCUCCAACGACACUGCUUCCAACAACUACUGAAAUUGCGACAGUACCCGAUAUAACACCAGAAGCAACCACAACCCAGGUAGUAUCCACUACACUAGCUCCUUUCCAAUGCGCUACCACCGAGGGUAUAUUUCCUGAACCCACAGACUGCUCAAAAUAUAAUCGUUGCAUAAUAAUCGCUGGAGCAAUGCGCUUAUACACGUACAUUUGUCCUUCGGGUUCAUAUUUUGAUCCUUCCAAGAACCUAUGCGUUACAGGAACUUGCCAAGUCACGCUCCCCUCAACGACACUUCUCCCGGCAACAACUACAAUUGCGACGGUUCCCACUACGCCAUCAACCACCUCCGCGCCACCCACCACCGCAGCCCCUUUUCAAUGUGGCACUACCGAGGGUACAUUUACCGAACCAACCAACUGCACAAAAUAUAAUCGCUGCAUAAUAAUAGCUGGGGCCAUGCGUUUAUACAUAUACACGUGCCCUUCUGGUUCAUAUUUUGAUGCUUCCAAGAAUUUAUGUGUUGUAGGGACUUGUUGAUUAUUGUGACCUUCUUCUGAAAACAGUUUUCUUCAGAAAUAUUCCAUAUCCCAUAUUUAUCCAUUUCAAGUUUAUUCCGUAAAUCUGUACGGUUGCGUGGAUUUUCAAAUUCUGAACCACUUUUUUUCAGAACUUCAAAAAUUUGGUUAGAGUUUCCAACACGCUGUAACACAUAUUAAUUUAUAAUUGUGUCUAUUGUUCGCGCUAUGUGGCUAACCAAAUCACAUAAUUAUCGUAGUUUGUUCCUUUCCUAUUGUUUUACCAUGAUGCAAAAUCGACAAAUCAUAGGAUAAUAAUCAGACCCAUUAUUGGUUCAUUAUUUCCAUAGCUCUGGUCGAAUUACAUAUUAUAACAAAACUUUUAAAAUCAUAAUAAAGUGCGAAGAAUUAGACAAGGUGAUUUACUUAAUGCAAAUGUAACAACCCGCAAUUUGAAUUGGUGUAUCUUUUUAUGUCAAAUAAAUACUGACCGAUACAAAUUUUCAAAACAUAA